CAGCUGGUUCAGAAAAUAAAAAUGUACGGCUGAUUGCAGCUGAUUUCGGGAUAGCUUGCAAUUCGUCACCAGUUUGUCUGAUUUCGUAUUAUUGGGAAAUUAAUAACAAGGUAAAAAAAUGAACGUAAUAACAAAAUAUACAAACGUUGCUCCUUUUAUGAGAGUAACAGCAACAGCCGUAUCAAGUAAGGCUACAUCAGGAACCGUUGAAGACUCCAAGAAAUCAGCUCGUCCUGAUCCAAUCCUGCGGAUAAAUUCGUAUAGUCUUGCACUUAAUCUCUGUACCAAGCCAAUUCGUAUUAGUUCUGGACCCGCUGUGAACACCCAAAUCUCUCAAAAAAGAUGGGCUCAUAGAGACAUCAGAGUACCAAAUUUCGACUACUACCGCAAAGACAGUACGAAAAAUCCCGCUGCUGUUACAGAUAGAUCAGGAAGUAAACAAAGUGUCGAGUAUCUACUUACCGCAGCAACUGGAUUAACAGCAGUCUAUGGAGCUAAAGUAAUUGUCACCGACCUUGUCUCGAGUAUGGCAGCAUCUGCUGAUGUAUUAGCUGUCUCCAAAAUUGAAAUUGAUAUUACUAAAAUUCCAACGGGACAAAGUGUGGUAUUCAAAUGGAGAGGAAAACCUUUGUUUGUUCGGCACAGAGAUUCUGCGGAGAUUGAAAAAGAAAAAUCAGUGGACAUUUCAACAUUAAGAGAUCCUGAAAGUGAUGACCAACGAACAAAAAAUCCCGAAUGGCUAAUUGUCCUUGGAGUGUGCACGCAUUUGGGUUGUGUACCAAUUGCUAAUGCUGGAGAUUUUGGUGGUUAUUAUUGUCCAUGCCACGGAUCACAUUAUGAUGCUAGUGGCAGAAUUAGGAAAGGUCCAGCUCCUUUGAAUUUAGAAGUACCUCACCAUGAGUUCAUUGAUAACUUGCUCGUCGUUGGUUAAAUAAAAACGAUUUCUUAGUAGUAAAAUAUGACAUCAUUGUUGAAUAAAGGAUAUUAUUAAUGCCGUGAAAUCAGCAUCAAUCAGUUUUAAACUAUAAUUUGUACAAUUACGACAAAAAAUACAAUCUUUUCAAAUUUUAAAUUAUUUCUAAAAUGUGCGGCAAAAAUGUGUAAUAAUGUUAAGCUGUACAAAAUUCAGAAUAAAUUAACAGACAAUUUA